AUGGGGGACGAUACAGAGGACGAGACAGAGAACGAGACAGGGAGCUAUCUGUCUCGCUUUAAAUCUUUCUUAAGUAACUGGAGCUUUUUCGGUCUAUGGGCUUCAGAGACGGAGAACAAGACAGAAAACAGGAGGGAGAGAACGAGCGGGAGAGUGAGCGAGAGAGUGAUUGAGGCAGAGAGCGAUACAGAAAUCGAGACAGAGAGCGAGACAGAGAGAUCUGAAUCUAUCUUUGGUAAAUUGGGGGUUCUCCUUCCUUGGACUUCCAAGAGCGACACAGAAAGCGACACAGAAAGCGACACAGAAAGCGACACAGAAAGCGACACAGAAAGCGACACAGAAAGCGACACAGAAAGCGACACAGAAAGCGACACAGAAAGCGACACAGAUAGCGACACAGAAAGCGACACAGAAAGCGACACAGAAAGCGACACAGAAGAGGCCAGAGUGAAAAGAGCCGAGUGGGAGAGUCUUCAAGAGCAGCUUAACCGAGCUCAAGAAGAACUGAAGCUUAGAGACGAACAGAUCUUGGCUCUGCAGCAGGAAGUAACUGAGGUCAAAGAUCAGUUAGAGGCAGUUGACACCAGUUCGAGGCGAUCCUUGGGUUUGGCAAACGAGCGAUCAGCAAAAUGGGAACAAGCCCACCGACAGCUGCUGUUUCAGUUAUCAAACCAACCUUCUCCGUCAUACGUAAUACAGAUGGAAAGCGAGACAGAGAGCGAGACAGAUGGCGAGAGUGAGAUAGAACUGAGGAUGAAAGCUGAACGGAUAUCGGCACUGCGGCAGGAAGUAACUGAGGUAAAAGAUCAGAUAGAGGCAGUUGAGACCAGUAAGAAGCGUUCAUUGCAAUCGGCGAGGAAGCGAUCGGAGCAGUGGAAGAAAGCCCAACGACAGAAGCAGCUCCAGUUACCAAAGAAAUCUGGUCAGAUACCACUGGAUCACCCACAUUUGGUUCCUUCCAAAUUCACAAUGACCAUUAUGAUUUUCAUUAUGAUGGUCAGCUUCUACUAUUUCUCUAGACACGUGGAGAAAUUGGCGCGAACGCUGUUCUUGUGGAAGAUUGAGGUUCACGAGCAGAAGGAGAAGGUGUACGAGAUGAGGCGCUGGAACGAGGCUCUCGUCACAAACAUGUUACCAGAACAUGUGGCACGGCACUUCCUCGGGUCCAAGAAGAGGGACGAGGAGCUGUACAGUCAGUCAUACGAUGAGAUCGGAGUCAUGUUCGCCUCAAUACCAAACUUCUCUGACUUUUACACGGAGGAAAGCAUCAACAACGGAGGCAUCGAGUGCCUGCGCUUCCUCAAUGAAAUCAUCUCUGACUUUGACAGUUUGCUGGAUGAGCCUCAGUUUCGUUGCAUCACCAAAAUCAAGACUAUCGGCAGCACGUACAUGGCAGCGUCUGGGGUCACACCAGACGUCUCCAAUGGAUACUCCUGUGUCAAGAAGGAGGAUUUGUCGGACCGCGAACGCUGGCAGCAUUUGGCUGACCUGGCAGACUUCGCUUUAGCCAUGAAAGUCACUCUCAUGAACAUCAACUACCAGUCCUUCAACAACUUCAUGCUUCGAAUAGGUCUAAAUAAAGGUGGCGUGCUGGCAGGAGUGAUUGGCGCCCGUAAACCUCACUUUGACAUCUGGGGAAACACUGUUAACGUGGCCAGUCGAAUGGAGUCAACAGGAGUCAUGGGAAACAUACAGGUGGUGGAAGACUGCUACAACAUCUUGAAAGAGUACGGCUUCCGCUUUGUGCGACGGGGACCGAUUUUUGUAAAAGGCAAAGGCGAACUGCUCACAUACUUCUUAAAGGGGCGGGACAAACAGGGCUCCUUCAUUAACGGCUCAUCUGUCACUUUGCCCCAUCAGGUGGUGGACAGCUAA